AUGGCAUCCUCGUUUAUGCCUAUUACGCAAACUGUUUCAUCUAAACUAUAUGCAAGGAUAUAUAGCUCACGCUCAGAUUAUUACGCGAAAAGUUUCCAAAUAUUAUCAACGACUCGCAAGAUUUGUGUCAAUCAGAGUUUUCGAUUGGACCGGUCACACUCAAACCAAAAGACUUUGAAACAUCAGACGAGGGCAAGAAAAUUAGGAGCAGAAAGGGAAGAGAGAGAGGAAGAUGACGAUGAUAGGGAAGAGGAUGAAGAUGAUAGGGAUGAGACUGAAGAGAAAGAGGAUCAAGACGAUAAAGAAGACUAUGGAGUGGAGGAAGUAGUUCUAAAACUAUACUCAGAUAUUAAGGACCGGAACAUUGAUGGAAUUUCAGAAGUUAUUGGAGAUGAAUGCCAAUGCUUUUGCAAUUUUUUAUCCACUUAUCGACUCUUACAAGGCAAGAAGCAAGUGAUGGCUUUCUUCUACUGGUUGAUGAUGAAGCUGGGGAAAGAUAUCAAGAUUGUUGUUAAACCAACGUCCAAAGAUGGCAUGACCAUUGGUGUUCAAUGGCAACUCGAAUGGGAGAAACCACAAAUCCAAUUGGGGAAGGGAUUUAGUUUCCACAUUUGCCAUAUCUAUCAAGGAAAGCUGUUGAUAAAGAAUGUAGAGAUGUUCAUGGAGCCAAUCUUUCACAUAGAGCCUCUAAGACUAAGAACUAUGGCGUUUGGAGUCAGCUUGGCUGAGAAGAUAGUCACUUACUUGAGACCACUAGAGAACAUAAGGAAACACGCAAUGACACUUCUCUUACUUUCUCUUCUCUUGUUUGCUGCAGCCGCUUUCUACUUCACCCGACCAAGAUUUUGA